GUUUUGAAGAAGAACGAGGUUAUGUGUGGUGUGUGCAAUUUUGCAUUAUGGCUUGCGUUUGUGUCAUAUUUCCAAAUUUUUCAGUUUCCUACUAUAUCCUAGAAUAAUUUUCUUAGUGCUGUUUUAUUGUUGUGUGAUUUGGAAUAAUGAGUAAAUCAAAAUUAGUUUUGAGCCUUGAAGAUGUCUUCUGCAUCGCAUGCAGAAGCAUCUUAAUCAAACCAGUGACCAUGCCAUGUAGCCACUCAAUAUGUGAAGCUUGUUUUCACAGCACUGUAGAGUGCAAUAAGUUAGAGUGUCCGUGGGAUAAGAAGCGAUUUGGAAGCUGGCUUCGUCGAGCUACAAAGAAAAAAGAGCUGGUGAACGAGGCAUUCUGGGCAACGAUUCAGCACCAAUAUCCGGAUGAAGUUGCGAAAAGACUGAGGGAUGAGGAUGAUGGGGUAGAAGAACGACUUCUGAACCAAAGUGGUCCUAGCGUCCAAAUUAGUAAGCCUGGUGAAGUGGGAGAAGAGUUUCAGAGGCAAUUGAAAGAGUACGAGGAGCAGCUAAGGAAAGAGAGGGAAAAAGAAGAAAUGGCUAGUGAAGAAAUUGUUAGGCAACUUCAGAAAGAAGAAGAAGAGAAAGCAGCGGCGCUACAGCGAGAAAGAGAACUAAUGGCUGCAAAAGAUGCGGAAAUCGCAAGACAGUUACUGACUGCAGAGCAGACAGCAGAUGUUUUAGGACGAGAACCCACUCUCAUCACAUCAUCUUCAUCUAUUAGUUUCUCUGAUGACGCAGUGACCUCAACCCCAAAAACGAACACUCUUUCCAAAACAUCAAAGAAAAGAAUGGUUUCCAGCCAUGGAAAGGGUUUUACCAGUAGUAAUUCCACGAUUUCCUCACCCCAAGAAAAUACUGUUAUUGGACCCCUUGACAGUUUUAUACGUCCUAACAAGAAUGCUUCUGUGAACACAAGUAAAAAUGAAAGUGGGUGCCUCUCAACCAUAAGCUGUAUCAGUGACUCUUCCCCAGAAGGCUCUUUGUUGGCUUGCUAUAAAAAAGUGCCAGCUCUAAAUCGACCAAUGACAGACUAUUUGAAAUUAAAUUUUUCAUCAGACCGUGAAUUGCCUGUCAGUGGGAGCUCGAAAGAAGGCCCAAACCAGUUUCGUCCAAUCAGGCCAUCUCCUGUCACUCCAACGAAAGAUUCUCCCUCUAAACGCAUAAUUAUACCGCAGACUGUAAAGCCAUCGAUUUGCAAAAGUUUUUUCCAGCCUGCAGGGUCCACUGCCCCGAACAAAAGCCUGUCAUUCUCUCCGCACAAGCGAGCUUUUGCCUUCACAUCGACUGCCAACCAAGGGAACUCAGACUCGGAGACAGAUUUUGAAGAUGAAGAUGAAAGUUGUGUCCCUUCAGAACCGCCAGAAAUUUCGGAUGUUUCUGAAUUGAAAGAACUAGAAGAAGAUAUCAUAAGGAGCUACUGUGAAAAGUCGACCCAAUUACUGGAGCCCUGUUCAGUCCGGAAACCAAAGCAGUCUCAACUGCAAGAAAGCCAUCGGGCAAACAAAAUGUCAUUGUCACCAUAUAGCAAAGAAAAAAUGAGGCAAGUCAACGAAGAUUACGAGCUUGCCCUAAAAUUGCAGGAAGAGUUUGACAAAGAAAACAGGAGACGGAGGCAAGUUGUUAGCGAUUACGAGCUACGAAAUAAGCGCCGGUCUGAGUUCGUCAAACCUGAAGUGCCUGGCAAUGCGAGCAAAAAAAGGAAAAUUGAGACUAAAAAAGCAGGAACCAAACAGAGAACAAUUGAAGAAGCCUUUCAGAUGAAGUCCUAGGACUUCAUCUGAAAGGCUUGUUAAGGCUUGUUCUGAAGGCAUUUUCUGUUUGUUUCAUUUUGUUUGCUGUACUACAGUAUUGAUUUAGGGUGCAGGAUGCUCCCAAAUCUGCUGAAAGUUCGUAAAUUUUUAGUUAUGUUGGACCUAUCAAUUAAUUUUUAACAAUUUUUGAAAUUUUUUAACAUUGACAAAAGAUUAAAAUUCAUUUGUAGGGGAGAUCUUUGAAAUAUAUGCAGGAAUUAUUCCUUCGAAUUUUCCAACAUCCCUAUGAAGUUCCUAAACUACGUUCUUGAGCAUGGCAGUCCUGCACCCCUACCUCUUAGCGUACAGCACAGCAAGUUAGUGCCUGACCACUGUGAACCAGUUGUUUCUCAUUAAUUUGAGGAAAGCUUGUAAAUGUUACCACAUUUUUCUCAAUUUUUUUCCCGUAAGUAUUAUGACAGCCGCAUCACAAAAUUAGCUGGUUUAGUUUGAUUGUAUUAUUUUAAUCGAGAGAAUGAAAGAGUCUUGUCCCAUACUAGUGUUUUGUCCACUUGUCUCUCAAAAACCUAAAAUAUCGAGGUGCUGUCAUAUACAACACGGAGUUUGUAUGUAUGUUGUAUAUUUACAAGGCAGAGAUUACAAGGAUUUAGAGCCAUCUUUGUUUUGUAAGACUUUGCAAAGCCUAAGCUUUGGUUGUUUCAAUGUUUUUUUUUAUUUUUUCACCUGUUCUCUUCAUGUUCUUUCAAAGACUACGCACGGAAAAUCAGGAAAUUUAGCACAGGCCAAAUUUGGAUAUUGAUUGCUAUGAUGUUCCUCACAACUUCCUUAGCACUAUGAACUUUUAAAAUUGAACUUCGUGUCAGUCAAUGUAAAAAAAAAACAGAAAAAAGAAAAAAGAAGAAAACAGGGCCAAUUGGUGAAUUUUUGGCCUUCGCACAAGCAUCUUCUUAUGUAGAUGCAAGACUGUUAUAUGUGCGGGACGCUGUAAUCACUGAACUCUUCUCGAUUUUCAAUAUUUAACCAGAUAUUGCAUGUAUAAGUGUCAAGAAAUUCACUCUUCACUUCAAGGCUGGUUAUUUUUUCUUUUAAAAUUAGCUCAUAGGAAGUUUGAUGUAAGCUCAUUCUGCUCAGGGAACCAUGAAGAACAUCACAUCAAAUAAUAUCUAAAUUUAACCGCCACCAAAUGUCUUGUUCUUGUUAUUCCGUGCAUAAGCCUUUACCAUCAGUGUCCUCAGUUAGUGCGUUAGCCCACUUCCUCAAUUUUAAGUUGUCCAAAUAAAAAAAUGUGUUUUAGUAUACUCAAAGAUAAGGGGUACAUGUACAUGUAUCAUUCCACCGGAAAAUCGACUUUAGUUCCUGGUGCAAAAUUCCUCUGGAAAGCGGUUUUUGUUCAAGUGGGUAAAAAAAAAAAUUCAACAUUUUGACCUACAACUUUAUAUUAUCUGUGCGUAAAUUGAGGAAAAUCUUCAAUGUUCUACAACAAAUGCCCAUUGCUAAGGGACUGCUUUUCCCUUAAUUUUAUAUUCAUCUCUUCUAAAAACAAAUUUCAGCUACCUUUGCUCAAACAAUUUUUUUCUGACAUUGUGAAGUAAGUACUCACAUAAAAUUACUGGUGCAUGAGAUUCACUGUUUCAUUCAACUCAUUAGAGUGCAAUAUUUCAUGAUCAGGCUAACCCGACUUUAUUUUCAAGUUACAAGAACUCCUAAAACUCGGCCUAAAAUGGCAGCAAUGGCCUCUUUUUAAUAGGAGACCUAUUUUCAAGGUUAGAAACAAAAAGUACAGAAAGAAAUAUGCAGGUAUCAUCCUUGGAGAGAGUGACAACAGUCAUCAAAGUUGAUAAAAAUAAUUAUUUUUCAAUUCUGCAAUUUUGGAUUCAAGGUGCUGUAGUGCCUUUGUGCGGGUUAAAAAAUGUUGGCAAAGAGUCUACCCAGGACUAGUUCUUGGAAGAGUUAAUAAAUAAAACAGUUUGCACAAUCCAGGUGCGGCCAGAAAAAGCCCUUUAUGCUACUCCUCUCUUGGUUUCAACCAAUAAAUUUGAAUUUUUCAUGCCUAAGUAUAUUCUAAAAAAAAUAUUGUUUUCAUCACAAAACAGUUGCAAUCCUGUUUUUGAGGAACUGAAGCCUAUUUUCCAUGGAAUAUUUUUUUUUCCUUUUUUCUGGAAGAAUGUAAUUACCUGUGAUGGCAAGUGUCAUUUACCAGGUAUUGGUUUACCUGAAAGUGAUUUGCACAGUAGAGUUUAUCUCAAAUGAGUGUAAAGAAGAGGUGAUGGAAUUGUAGUGAGGAAUUAGAUCGCAGAAGAUACCAUUAGAUAGUUCAUAGAGCUUUUCCAAUUCAUGUUGAUUGAUCAUAGAGGAAAAAAAGGUCUGUUGUAACUGGAACAUUCCGAUUUUGUCAGUAUUAAACUGCGAUCAAAAUCAUUUCAAUGUUGUUGAGAAGAUGAAAGUUGUUCAUCCACCACUUCCUCCCUGAAUUUGUUUAUAUUUUUGUAAAUUUUAAACUUUGUUUUUACGAACUAUUGAAUUAUUGUCAGUGUAAUGUUCUCUUUUGAUUGCUGUGGUCAUUGGUCACUUAAAAUUUGAUGACACUCCCUUCACAUAAGAGAUUGUGAGGAAUACUUCGUGUGAGAUUGACAGAAACCUUUAGUUGAGAGUCGUGUACAAAAUCCAUAUGAAAAAGUAGGAGUCUGUUUUGAAAAAGAAAAAAGUAUGCUAAUGCACUGUUCUGUCUAGUCAUGCAAUGUCGCUCAAUCCUUUAAAACAGAAUAUACCUAUAUGAAGAAAAUUGAUUUAGAAUUUUCACUCUGCCUCAGAGUCAUUUUGAAAAAACUAAAUAUGUACAUUUUUUAACUUGCAUUUGUAUUUAGAGAUACAAAGUAUGAAACUUUUCAUUGUUAUUGGCUUCAUAGCAAAGAUUUUCUUUUAUUUUUCUUUGAUGUAAAGAGUAAGCAUUAGCUGAACUAAGCACUACAGAAUCUUAUUUUGAUGGUAGGUAUCCACAUUGUGAUUGGCUCUAAGUUAUGACAUUUCUCUGAACUCUGAAAUUUAUUGUCGUGAAAUUCAUGAAUACAUGAUUUUGUAAAAUGGAAAAUUGAUGGAUCAAUCUUCCAUGUAAAAAUUUAUUUGAAAGAUACUAUGAAUGACCGAGUUAAUUAAUAUAUUUUUGAUUACGAGAAAAUUUCAGUUAGAAUAGACGAAUUUUAUAGAAGUUUUUAUUGAGAUAAAAUAAUAAUGGUAAAUAUGUAGAGUUCUAUUUUUCAUAAGCUUCUCUCCAAGUGCAAGUAUGUAUCUCAAUUUUGGUGAAAAUAUUUGUACAUAGAACUCCUCUAUUACUGAUACUUUGUGACAGUGAUGGACAGAGGCGACCAUUUUACUUCACUAAUUCUCUUACUUUACCUUCGCGAUAACAGAAGUUUUGUUUGUUUUAUUUGAGGUAUCUCUUUUAUUUUGUUAUUAUGUUGUAUUAAUUUAUUAUUAUUCUAACCAAGUUCUGUAACUUGAUUGAAUAAAUUUAUUGCAAACUAA